AUGAGCGCACCGCCGGAAUCGACAGAGCAGCGCGAGCUGUCUCUGGUUGGCAAAGUCGAAAUGAAGUUUGCUUUCGCAGAUACAGAAGCCAAGCUGGAGGGCCAAUUGAAAACAUAUCUGACGCCUCUGUUGUUGAAGCUCGCUUCGGAUCACCAGAGCGUGAGGCAGAAAGUCAUCUCGAUAUGUCAGCACAUCAACACACGAAUACAGCCGCAGUCCAUCCAGCUUCCGGUCAAGGCGCUGGUGGAACAGUUCAAGUCUCAGGACAGCUCGAUGAUCCGGCAUUUUGACAUGCUUUACAUCCAGCAGGGCAUCACGAGAUUGAGAGAAUCUGAUAGAGCGGAACUCUUGCCAGUGGUCAUCAGGGGCAUUUCAAAGAAUCCUAGUCACGGAUCGCAGAUCUUUUACUUGCUGCUCAGACUACUGGAUUCAUUCACACUUCCUCCGAGAGGCAGCAAAGACGACGUGGAACUGCGGACGAAAUUGGACGUCUCGGAUGACGAUGUGAGAUACCUUGCGCAUUAUCUCGGGAAGUUCUUUCUGUUCGUGCCACAGAAGGGACAGGCUCUGAACUCUCCUGGAUUGUCCUCGGAGGAGUACACCUUUUUCAAGCAGCAAGGCAAGGACGGGGUGUGGGAUCCCGCAGCAGGUGGCCUGAACCUCCAACGAAGUAAGACUCUAGCCGCGCGGCUGUUGGCAAGUGGUCUGUUCAAUGACAAGGAGCGAUUUCUGCCUGCAUUAUUCGCAUCAGCGGACCCAGCACAGUCCAUUAGCGAUGUCGGUGAUGACAUGAUGAAGCGCGCCCUUCCAGCGACAGAUCUCGAGGAUGAGUUUCUGGUGAAGGAGCUGUUUGACCUGUACUUCGGUACAGAAGCCACGCUGCGUGUGAGAGCACCACUGAGACUCAAAAUCCUGAGCUUGCUUAACAAGUCUAUCAGGAGCACUUCAUUCUCCAACAACAUCACUAAACUGGUGGAUGAUGGCGUAGCACCCCAGAGAGACGGAGAAGACAUCAUCAUGUCCAAUGGCCCUUUUCAGCAGUAAGUCUACGCAUACUGCAUCGAUGCAAGGCUUUGCUGAGCAUCUGUAGCUUCUCUCCGUACUUGAGGUGAUGAGUGCUGACCUCUAAAGGAAUGCAUCAAUCGGCAGGGAAGCUCUAAAGCUGAGAGCGGCAAUCUUCACGUAUAUCAACUUUGUUGCUCGAAACGGCGACAAGCAAUCACUUCACACAAUCGCACAGCCCGUUAUCAAUCGAUUACGGGACUUCGUCGAAAACCAAGGAUGGCCGAAACCCGGGAAUAAUGAGGAUUUAGUUUCUCGAGGAUAUACAUACGAAGUCAUUGGUCUUCUGGCCCAGGCUGGCCCGAGCACUUUGUUAGUAGAAGACGAGCACCCUACCAUGGACCUUCUCAGAUGGCUCUUCGAUUCGCUUGGCAAGGAUUCCUCCGGCAAUGCUGUCACGCUGAGUAUCGAUGAUUCGCUUUCCAGUGCCUUGACUGCGAUGGCUCGCAUAAAUAUCCACGGCACUGCUGCGCAAGAUGUGCUCGAGGAUCUCCUGAUUGACCAAAUGACCCAAUCGGCUCAUCUUGAGGGUGCUCGCAUUCGAAGCACUCGAUAUGUCGCUGUUCGUUUCGCCAACCGCUGUCUACCCUACAGCUCCAUCAAGGCCCGAUGGGUGGAUGUGCUAGCAGUAGGCGCGACUUCCGAUAGAGCAGAGGUCCGUGAGGAAGGCGAGCGUGGUCUCAGCCCGUACUGGUACAGAAUGUUGAACAGCGUCAGCGUUGACAAGAAGAGCCCGGAUUUGGAACUGCCCACUUUCGAAGAAACGAUGGAUGAAUUCUUCAUCAAACAGACUCCAAUCCCGAGCACUGAAGCCGCAGUUGUUGUUCAAAAAGCAAAAGAUCUCCAUUCAUCCUCCUUUCCAAUCAUGACGGCUUUUGCAAGGCGGAUGCUUGUCGCUGCCGUGGUCGAAGUCAAUCUUGACAAUGAGUGGGAAAGGCGGCUGGACGCUAUGAUCGAGUCAGAUGUUUCUGCCAGAAAUCAUAUGAAGGCCCACAUCGCGGACACCAUGACGGACACCCCGGAGCUAUUAAAUGUCCUCGUUCUGGCACUUUUCCAACGAUUGGACUCACCAGCUGCGCCUGUCGAUGACAAGCUGGUCGAAUUUCUUGCCCUGAGCCCCGAACAAUUGAUACGUAAUCAUGUUGAUCAGGCGCACGGUUUGAUACCUCUCCUGAGGUCAAACAAUCACUCGCGGAGAUUGACAGUGGCGCAUGUGUUUGGAAUUCUUGCAUCACAUCCAGAUUCGAGUACCCUUAUUCAGCCGCUACUGGAGGCCACAGAAUCAUGGAGCACUGCGGUAGGUGCAGGACUCAAUGUUGUGCACGGCGCAGUGGUUGCGUUAGGUCACUACUAUAGCAGGUGUGCCGCGCGCGGAGGAAGUCGCACCGAUAUGCCUCAUUACCAGACGUUCUUGAAGACUCUUACACAGAUUCUUACAACUGCCAGGGAUGACCUUCUGCGAGAAGCGAGUCACAUUGCCAUCGGGCAGAUGUGCAUGUUUGGGCCUUUGACCUCUGGCGACCUCGGGCUUUAUACGUCUGUCACAUUUAUUACCGACAAGCUCUACGAGAAAGCCAAAGAUGGCAACGAAAUCGCCAUUCUAUGUCUCGGCCAGGUGUCGAUGAUCUUACCGGAAGACGACGAAGAGCUGCGGCAUAUCGAAGAGCAAUUGCACAAAUUACACGAGAUUCGCCAGGCUGAGGCACACUUCACGGUUGGUGAAGCUUUGAGCUAUCUCGCUGCUGGCUGGCAGUCGAGCGCGCUUGCUACAAAGCUCGAUGUCGCUGUCGCGCCUGACCGAGACUUGGGACAAACUAGAACGAGCAGUCUCCAAAAGUUGGUGAACCGAGUACUCAAGGACUGCAGCAAUACCAAGCCGUCUCUGAAAAAGGCUGCUGUUAUGUGGCUGUUGUGCUUGGUACAGUUCUGCGGCGAUCUGCUGCAGGACAGGCUAUCCGAGUGCCAAGCUGCCUUCAGGCGCUGUCUCGCUGAUCGCGACGAGCUAGUGCAGGAGACUGCUUCGAGAGGCCUCGGCCUGGUCUACGAGAAAGGAGACCGCAAGCUGAAGGAUGAUCUUGUACGUGAAUUGGUCUCGUCGUUCUCAUCCGACAAGCAGCAGUUGGCCGGGAAUGUUUCCGAAGACACACAACUCUUUGAGCCAGGCGCGCUGCCCACUGGCGACGGUUCGGUGUCUACGUAUAAGGACAUCAUGAGUCUUGCAGCUGAAGUGGGAGAUUCCAGCUUGGUGUACAAGUUCAUGUCGAUGGCCUCGUCGAAUGCCAUCUGGUCCAGUCGAGCUGCGUUUGGCAGAUUCGGGCUCAGCAAGGUAUUGUCGGACUCCAGUGUCGACGGCUACCUUGCCAACAACCCGAAAUUGUACCCCAAGCUGUUCCGGUACAGAUUCGAUCCCAAUGGUGGCGUGCAGAAGUCAAUGAAGGACAUCUGGGAAGCGCUUGUUCCAGACUCGUCCGCUACGAUUGACAAGUACUUCGACCCCAUAAUGGAAGAUCUGCUGAGUAGCAUUUUGGGCAAAGAGUGGCGAGUGCGGCAGGCGUGUUGUGGAGCGAUUGCGGAUCUCGUCCAAGGCAGGCCACUUGAGAAGUACGAAAAGUACCUGGAGCAAAUCUGGACGCAGUGCUUCAAGGUUCUGGACGAUAUCAAGGAGUCAGUCCGCGCGGCUGCGGCUUCGCUGGCAAGAACGUUGACAGGUGUACUGACCCGCGCUCUUGAAGCCGACCACAGCUCCACCAAGAACGCGUCCGCAAUGCUUAAGCACGUGCUGCCCUUCCUGCUCUCGUCAUCCGGUAUGGAGUCCAGCGCUCAGGACGUGCAGCAAUUUUCGGUGGUCACGCUCUUGGAGAUCAUCAAGAAGGCCAACGGCGCCACUAUUCGACCUUUCAUUCCAGAGUUGGUGGAACGACUCAUCGGCCUAUUGAGUUCUAUGGAGCAUGAAGCUGUCAAUUAUGUCCAUCUCAAUGCCGACAAAUACAAUCUUACCGAGCAAAAGAUUGACGACAUGCGCUUGUCCAACGUGAGAAGUAGUCCGCUGAUGGAGGCCAUUGAACGAUGCUUGGAUCUGCUGGACCCGGACACCAUGAAAGCAUUAUGGCCAAAGCUAGGGACUGCAAUGAAGAGCGCGGUGGGGCUGCCUAGCAAGGUGGGCUCCAGUCGCGUACUGGUCUCACUUGCAACAAGAAGGAUUGCACUGUUCAGAAGCUACUCUGAUGAUGCACUGAAGCUAGUCGAGCGGCUGAUCAUUGUGAGUUUUCGAAGAGGUCUGUACACUACUUGGAGGGUGCACACGCUAACAUGUCCCUAUUAGGAUCGCAACGACACGGUAGCGAGUUCGUAUGCGGCUGCUGCGGGCUACCUGGUCAGAGGCGCCUCUGACAAACAGGUCUUGAGGCUUAUCGUUUUUGCGAAGAAGCUGUACUUUGAAUCCGAGGGCGAUCGUGAGGGAGUGGUACCCCGAAGAAGGUGCGUUGGACUUUCCGGUGAUGGUCGUACCGUCUCCCAAGCCUCGCUGACAAUCUCGUCUUAGCAUCACGUCUGGCGAGAUCAUACACGCCUUCGCCAGACACGCAACGGACAAGUUUAACGAGUUCGCGUCCUCCAUCCUGCCGUUUGUCUUCGUAGCGAAGCACGACUCGCACGAGCAGGUGAAAGAGCCGUUCCAGGAGGCUUGGAACGAGGUCGUCUCUGGGUCGAGAACGGUGCAGCUGUACCUCAAAGAGAUCGUGGAGCUCUGCAGUGCGCAUCUCGAUUCGCCGCAAUGGAUACUCAAGCAUACGGCGGCUCGGUCUGUUGCCGAUGUUGUCAACGCAGUCUCGUCAAGCGAGGCAGAGAUGUCGGCGACGACCGGGAACGCCAUCUGGCCUGCACUGGAAAAGGCGUUGGGCGGUAAGACGUGGGAAGGAAAGGAGGCGGUGUUGUCUGCGUUUGUCAAGUUCGUGGAGAUCGGCAAGCCCUACUAUCGGGAGCACGAGAAAGUGCGCUCGGACAUGGUCAAGGUACGUGACGGCUUCGUUGUUCCGUCGCACUGCAUUACACCUCGUGGCCGCCCGUCGCGUGGAAGCCGUUCGCUAAUUGGGGUUACACUAGAUCGCUAUCCGGGAAGCCAAACGCCAGAAUGCAGGAUACCGGCAACACUCGGUGAAAGCGCUGGGGAAGGUAGCGCAAGCCCGGUCGGAUAUCGAUAUGAGCGAUGCUAUCUUCGAGGUCGUGGGCAGCCUGAUAGAGCAGCAGGCGGAUGGAGACGCCAUGGACGUGGACGGUGGCAAAGAUCAGGCGCGCAAAGCAGAGGAGAUGUGAGUAUCAGCAAGACGGUACCGUUCGUCUCGUGAUCACGGUCGACUGACGAGUGGAAACAGCAAAGACGCAAUCACUGGUGGAGCAAUCGAAACCGCUUUCGCCGCCAUCAAUCCUGCUGUCUCGGAGGGAAGUGCGCUUACCAGCCAACUCGCACGCGCAGUCCAUCUGGUUGCCGCAGCGAAGCCCACGACGUCAGCGCUCUUGCGCAGCACAUACGAAGGCCUGAACAGCGCCUUCGAUCGGGUGCACAAACAAGGCAGCCCGCCGGGCGAUCUUCACUCGAAUGCAGCGGUCGUGGAGGAUUUGCGGACUCUGCUGUUUCGCCCGGUGGUGUCCGUGGAGAGUCUGAGGGCAAUCCGGGCGGAUGCGGUAGCUUCCAUGCUGAAGGCUUGUCCGAGUCUGAAAGGCGUGUUCGAGGUGGACGUGAAGGCGCUAAUCGCGAACGAGGUGUCGUCGAGCGUUCGAGACCGCUUCCCGUCGCCGUAA